GGGGCCGUCGAUUUUCAGUUUCAGUCCGCCAGCGAACGUUGUCGCGAGCACAACGUCUCUUAUCCACCACCAGUUCUGAGUUCCAGUCUCAGUCUCAGUCUUAGUUUCUCUCUCUGAUCUUUAAGUCUCCGAUUCUCCGAUCCGAGUCUUCAGUUCUCAGAUUCUCCGACGGGCGUGCGUGUAUCUGUGUAUCUGUAUCUGUAUCGGCCGUGUGUAUCUGCAUCCGUAGCCGUGCAUGUAUCUGUGCAUCUGUGUGUGUGUUAGCCAGUAACACUGGCCCGUUUCUAAGAUUAUUUUUUUUUUUUACUGUGACUUCAAAACUGGUUGCUGCAGCAGCAGCACUUGAAGACUACGACUACGAAUACGAGUCGGGAGAAGAAUCAGAAGCAGAAGAAUCUGGCUGACCCGUCGGAGGGGGGAGAAGAGAAGAGAAUCGAACCGAAAAGAAGAUACGCGAAGCGAAAACAACUGUAGUUGUUUACUUCUCGCUUGGCCUUUCGGAGAUUUUUCGCUUGGAAAGCCACGAAUUACAACACCGACGACGCGAAAUCCACCAUCCAAUAGCCAACCAUAUUCCGACGUCUUCAGGAGCUACCAGGUGUUCCCCUAGCUGAUCCACAAAAUGCCCUGCUCGGCCGUAACCCUGUCCAUAGCGACGAUCUGUGCGAUCAUCGCCACCGCCCUCCUGGCGAUCGCCUUCUCCACGGAUAACUGGCUCCACUACGAUGUUUGGCGCAACCAGAUACAGGCCUUCGCCGCCAAGCACUCGGAUGCGGACUCCCUGAUGCACAACCUGAACUACAAGUACUACUACUACACCAGGACACGCGGUCUCUUCCGCAUCUGCUACCCCAAGGAGCGGCCCCCAGUAUCGGCAGUGCCCACCUAUCUGUCGCCCAUCGAGACGCACUGCUCCAACAUCGACUACUUCCCCCAGGCGGAGGACGAGAAGAUCGCCAACGAGGACGCCACCUCGCGCCUGCACCUGGCCCGCUCCUGCAUCGCCCUGUUCAUCAUCAGUUUCGUGACCAUCUUCUGCGCCUUCUGGACCGGGCUUUCCGGCUGUUGGAAGCGCUCCUCGGGCGCCAUCACGGCCACCUCGAUCCUGCUGUUGGUCACCUGCCUCCUGGCAGCCGGCGCCAUGGGUCUCUGGCACACGGUCGAGUUCUUCGAGAAGGAGAAGGUUGUGGGCGAGGACUACUUCCAGCAGUGGAACACAGUUCUCCGCGACAACACCAAGAUCUCCUACGACUGGUCCUACAUCGUGGCCUGGGCAGGCAUCGGCACCUGUCUGCUGGCCGCCAUCCUGCUCUCCGGAGCGGCUGUCUGCCUGCGUAACGAGCGCGAGAAGGAGGAGCAGCUGAACCUGCAGUACCUGAUGCCAGUCUACUCCCAGAAGCAGCCCCCCUAUCCGCCGUACGCCAACUACGCCCAGCCGCAGAUCUACCCGGGACCCUACUACCACGGAUCCCAGUACGGGCCCUAUAACUACUAGGGACAGCCAGGAGGAUGGAGUUACAAGCAGUUACAAAAGACCAGGAGGGAACCUCCCCAGUAAAGAAAGUGAACGAAUGAGUUGCAUGAGCGAGGCACGAGCUCGCUCGACACAAUGAAGUUUAAAAUUACGCAUAAUAUACAGCAUCAUCUUUUUUUUUUUGACGAGAAUUUAGUUUUAGAGUCUAUAUAGAACUAUAUAAAUAUAUAUAUAUAUAUAUAUAAACCUAUGUGUGUAACCGUGGGACUUGAGUCAAAAGUGGCGUCGGAUUUUUGGUGCGCGAUUGGUUGCACGAAAUUUUGAAAAAAAUAUCUUAGGAGGACGGUAUGCGACAACGCUGAUUAAAUAGACAAAACAAUAAAAAGUUAAUUUAUUGUAGCACUUAGCGUACAUGUAGCGUAUCUAAAAUAAUAAUAUAUAAACCGAAUAUAUGUAUCUAAGAUUAAAGUUUCAUUGUACAAUGUAUGUAUAUGAAUGUAAAAGUGCGCGACAAGCUUCAAAUUGUCUUCCAAGUAUAGUGCAUAUUGUAUGUAGAGCUGUACGAUUAAUAAAUAAAAGUUUCUUGCGUUAAUGGAAACGUA